GGAGAAUGGAAUCUUUAUCUUCUUCUUCACCGCUGAUACACUAAGACUCACCACUAUACACACAGGCGAGGAAAUCAUGUUGAUUUCUCAAUCUGCAUUGAAUUAUGUCUUGGUGAGACCAAGAAGUUGUAAGACUGAUUUCAUAUGUAGAGCAAACAAAUCUGAUGAGGAACCUAUUCAGAAGUUCAAACGCGACAGUCUAUAUAUUGACAAGCAUGGCAAAUUUCAACACUUCAAUCACAAGAAAGUUUCCAGAAAGAAAGGUGGCUCUUUAAGGGGACAAGGGUGGAAAUAUGGAUCUGGAUUUGUUGAUGGAAUUUUUCCAGUGCUGAGCCCAAUGGCUCAACAAAUUUUGAAGUUUGUGCAGAAGGAAGAGGAUGUAAAUAGGAUACAUGAUUCUCUUGGAACUCUUCCUCCCACUAACACCACAUGGGAUGAUAUCAUCAGUGGUUUGGUGCAGCUUCGUUUGAACAAGGACUGGGAUCAAAUCAUAGUGGUCUGUGAAUGGAUUUUGCAUAAGAGUUCCUUCCAUCCUGACGUUAUCUGCUACAAUUUGCUUAUUGAUGCUUAUGGACAGAAGUCACUAUAUCAGAAGGCAGAAUCCACUUAUUUGAACCUUCUACAAGGUCGAUGUAUUCCCACUGAAGAUACUUAUGCUCUUCUAGUAAAGGCCUACUGCAUAUCUUGCCUGCUAGCUAAAGCUGAAGCUGUCUUUGAUGAGAUGAGAAAAAAUGGCCACCCCCCAAGUACAGUUGUAUAUAAUGCUUACAUGAAUGGGUUACUGAAGGGAACAAACUCACAAAAGGCAGUAGAGAUCUUUGAAAGGAUGAAGAGAGACCACUGUGAACCAUCUACUGAAACUUAUACAAUGAUGAUUAACCUAUAUGGAAAGGCAAAUCAGUCCUACAUGGCCUUGAAGUUGUUUCAUGAAAUGAGGAGUCAGAAAUGUAAACCGAAUAUUUGCACAUACACUGCUUUGAUAAAUGCAUUUGCUAGAGACGGACUCUGUGAAAAAGCAGAAGAAAUAUUUGAGCAGCUACAGAAAGCUGGGCAUGAGCCCGAUGUAUACACUUAUAAUGCCCUCAUGGAAGCAUAUAGUCGUGCAGGUUCUCCUUAUGCGGCUGCAGAAAUAUUUUCACUCAUGCAGCAUAUGGGUUGUGAACCAGAUAGAGCUUCAUACAAUAUUAUGGUAGAUGCAUAUGGGAGAGCUGGUCUUCAUGAGGAUGCACAAGCUGUGUUUGAAGAGAUGAAGCAGCUAGGAAUAACCCCAACCAUGAAAUCCCACAUGCUGCUGCUCUCUGCCUACUCAAAAGUUGGCAAUGUAGCAAAAUGCGAAGAAAUCGUGAACCAGAUGCAGAAAUCCGGUCUCCAACCAGAUACUUUUGUUUUCAACAGCAUGUUGAACCUCUAUGGCCGAAUUGGACAGCUAGAAAAAAUGGAAGAAUUGUUAAAAGUCAUGGAAAAUGGACCUUUAUCUGCUGACAUCACCACAUACAACAUAUUGAUCAAUGCAUAUGGAAGGGCAGGUUUUUUCGAAAAAAUGGAAGAGUUGUUUCAGCUGCUCCCUGUGAAGAAGUUGAAACCAAAUGUGAUGACUUGGACUUCUAGGCUUGGAGCUUAUUCAAGGAAGAAACAGUACAAUAGAUGUUUGGAAAUAUUUGAAGAAAUGAUUGACGAUGGUUGUUACCCCGAUGGAGGGACUUGUAAAGUACUUCUCAACGCUUGUUCUAGUGAAGACCAGAUUGAACAAGCUACUGCUGUCAUUAGAGCAGUGCACAAGGAAAUGGAUACUACAUUGCCAGCUUGACGACUGCCAAGGGGUGAACUCCCAAAUGAGGCCUUGUGGGUUAAAAAUUUGUUGUUUCCAUAAGAAGAAUGGGGCCCAACACUUUUACCUUUUUUGAUUUUUUUUUUUUCUAUUUUACUUGUUGAACGUUUUUAGAAUUUUUUUUUCUUGCCUUGCCCCUGGAGAUUGCAAUGUUUUCGCAUUGGGUAUUGACUCAAGGAUAUGGCAAUUUCUCCAAAUCCGAUAAGUACCCGCCACCCGCCCCGCUUAUUUGGAGGAGGGUAUUACCUGAUUUUUACCCUAUGGGAGCGGAUAUGGUAGAACUUAAAAAAUCUCUGCUUUGAUACGGAGCUGAAAUGAAGGUUUUUGUUUAUUGCUUUAA